AUGUCGCGCGCAAAUCAGUGGUUUGUGCCUGGCGAAGGCAUCGCCAGAGAAGUAAUCACGGCCGACAUCCAGCGCUACCUGGGCCCAGACGCCCUCGUCAGGCCAGGCACAGGCACCGGAGAAUACCAGGGCCAGCCAGGCUACUGGAUAACAGCUUACCGCACUCUCACAUCGCAAAUGAUUCAGGACUUGAAAAUGGAUUCACAACGUUGGCAACAGGAGAGACAGCCAGGAGAAACGGGCCGCGGAGUAGCUUAUCAAGACUCUCGCACACAUGCUGCCCGCCAGCAUUGGGGUCCCACAAAACCCUAUGACCACGGCUCGUCGCAUGCCUCGGCUGAUCCCUACGACCAGCCCCGCGCCUCGACAUCAUCAAGGACCCCGGCCUACGGCUCUGCCAGCUACUCCGGUAGUGACCCUCACUACACCACAACGCCCACAUCCACCUACGGAAGCUCACACCCAGGCUACCAGCCUUCGCCCGCAGCUGCCGCCCCCAGGACUUCGCCCGCGGACCCCUACUCGGCCUACCCGCAGCCCGGAGGAGGACGGGACUACCCUGCCCAAUCGCCCUAUGCCUCAUAUCCUGCCCCAACGCCCGACCCCUACGGACGACAGGCGCCAUCCCAGUCCGCUCCAUACACUGCCUCAAGGUAUUUUGGUUACUAUGACGAGCCCUUUGUGGUCUAUCGCUAA